AUGUCUGAAGCCAUCGGCAUACUUCGGGUUCAACGGAGUAUUCAGGUUCUCAGAGUACAUGGAAUGCGCAUACGAGCACCAACUAACUUCGAUUUCCCAUACUCGAGCAAAUUACGUCAAACUCGAAAUUCAAUUGGCAAGAGUUCCUUAAGACCACUCGCCCAUAACUCCAAUCCUAACUCUGUCCCUCGGGUACCUGAUUCCAGGGCUAAACCUGACAAAAAAGACGACAUUGCACCUCACGAGUUCGAGGGUGACGAGAAUGAAGAACGUGGUAACUGGUCAAAACAACUAGAUUUCAUAUUAUCGUGUAUUGGCUUUGCAGUAGGGCUUGGUAACGUGUGGAGAUUUCCGUAUCUGUGCUAUUCCAAUGGAGGAGGUGCCUUCUUGAUCCCUUAUACAAUAAUGUUGUUUCUGGCUGGCAUACCGCUGUUUUUCAUGGAAUUGGCGUUUGGUCAGUUUGCAAGUCAAGGUCCCUUCACAAUUUGGACCAUAUGCCCGUUAUUCAAAGGCGUUGGGUAUGCCAUGGUAACAAUAUCUUUUCUGGUCACCAUCUACUAUAACGUAAUCAUUGGCUACGCAAUAUACUACAUAUUUGCGUCAUUUGCUGACGUACUGCCGUGGGUAGGAUGUGACCAUGAGUGGAACACCGAUAGCUGUGGAUACCCACCUCAACCAAACGGAACCGUCAUAAAUGGCACUUGGAUAAGUCAAGAGAUGGUGGAAGAUAUGAACAUAACUGUGAAUGUGUCACUGAGAAUCUCACCAGCACAGGAAUAUUGGAACAACGAAGUCCUUCGCAUCAGUGAUGGUAUCGAUGAUAUGGGGAAAAUGCGGUGGCAGUUGACACUGUGCCUGGUGCUGGCGUGGGUAGUCGUAUUCUUGUGUCUCAUAAGAGGCAUCAAGUCGUCGGGAAAAGUAGUUUACGUGACAGCGACUUUCCCGUAUGUGGUGUUGUUAAUUCUUUUGAUUCGUGGCCUAACUCUCCCAGGUGCCUCCAAGGGUAUUGACUUCUAUAUGACGCCCCAGUGGGAACUGUUGAUGAAACCAAAGAUAUGGAAGGACGCCGCAUCACAGAUUUUCUACUCUCUAGGUCCAGCGUGGGGAGGUUUGCUGACAAUGGCCAGUUACAAUAAAUUCCACAAUAACUGUUACAGGGAUUCCAUAAUAGUGUCCUUAGUGAACUGUGGCACCAGUGUCUUUGCGGGAUUUGUUGUAUUUUCUAUUAUUGGAUUUAUUAGUCAUGAAAUUGGAGUACCUGUCGAAGACGUUGUUGACCAAGGACCCGGUUUGGUGUUUAUUGUGUAUCCAGAGGCUUUGGCUCGUAUGCCGGGGUCACAAGUGUGGUCUAUUUUAUUCUUCCUUAUGCUUUUCACUCUCGGUUUGGACUCGCAGUUUGCUAUGGUGGAAACCGUUGUGAGUUCAUUUAUGGACGAGUACCCAAGACUACGUCAGAAGAAAGCCUGGGUCGUCGGUGGGGUUUGCACAGCAUCAUGUUUGCUUGGACUUCCAAUGGUGACACAGGGUGGCAUAUAUUUACUGCAAGUAGUUGACGUGUACAGCGCAGGAAUAUCCCUCAUGUUAGUGGCUGUUACAGAGUGUCUGGUUAUUGCAGGCAUUUAUGGUGUCAAUAAUUUCUGGGACGAUAUUCAAAUGAUGCUUGGCUAUAAACCUGUGUUAUGGCUAUGGUUCACAGUGUGCUGGUGUGGAAUUACUCCUCUUAUCAUACUGGGCAUCAUUAUAUUUGGUUUGGUGUUGUACGCGCCAGUCUCCUACGGUUCGUACGUCUAUCCAGCAUGGGCAGAGAUUAUAGGAUGGUUGAUGGCGUGUGCCUCCUUGGUUAUGAUACCGCUAUUUAUGUUCAUCCAAUACUGCUUUUAUGCGGAAGGAGAUGGUUUCAUAGAGAAAAUGAAAUACUUAUUGAGGCCAACACCACAGUGGGGACCAGCACUUGAAAAGCAUCGUACGGGGAAAUAUGCUUUGCCACCUUACACUGUACUCGAUGACAGUGAUGGCAAAAAUGGUCCCAUGACAGCCACGACAGGGUUCUAGCUGCUAUGUUAGUGAUAUGAUACAACGUUCCUAAAAAUACCGAAUCCUUCAUCAGUUCGUACUAAUUGUGAUUUAUUUACUAUGUAAAUGAAAAAUAACUCACUUUCUAUGAGUUGUGGGAUUAUUUCAUAUACUCUAAAUUGUAUUUUUUAUUUUUAUUCAACAUACUAUUUUGGUAGCUCGUGAGGUAAUAAUUGGGUCUGAAUGAUAUUCAGAAUCGUAUAUGCAGUAGGUCGCCCACCACACCCGUGUAUGAGAAAUUCAUGCCUCUUGCUAUGUGAAUAUUGAUGCGAUUCGAAAUGGAAAUGUAAUGUACUUUAUAUAUUGUUUAUUUUUUUUAUAAUUUUAGUGGGAAUUAAUCACUGGCCAGUCUAUGUAAAAGUCGAUUUCAAAAUAAAAUAUAGCUGCAUAGCAGCAAUGACGGGUUUCGAGCCUGCGUGGCUCAUGGCAAAUUGCACUUGCUUGAUUGAUUGCUUGCUUGCUUGCAUGCAUAUAGUAUCUCAACAGAGAUACUAUAUGCUAAAUUGCUUGUCAAACAAGCGGGUAGUCUUUAAGAAGAUAAUUUUUUGAGUUUGUUUUGCAUUGUUGUGAUAAAUUCAAGAUGGCCGCCAAAACCACUUGAAUCAUGGGAAAUAUUUUCAUGAACACAUAAUCAUAUUGAACGGAUGUUGUAUGCCAACUUUGGUUUAAAUCUGGCAAAUUGUUCAUGAGUUAUAGCGUAACAUCACUUUUUCCUAAAUCCAAUAUGGCUGCCAAAGGAAGCCAUUUUUCACAAAUCUGCUUCAGAAACUUUGUAGAGCUAUCAACAUGGGUGCCACAAUCUAAAUUGCUUGUCAAACAAUCACGCAGUUUUUAAGAAGAUAAUUUUUUGAGGUUUUUUGCUUUAUUUUAAUAAAUUCAAGACG